GCCGCGGCUGCUGAGCCGGGACGAGGCGCUGGCGUUGGGCCGGGAGCGGGACCCGGACCCGGAGCGGGGCCCGAGCGGGGCCGGGGCGGCGGCGGCGGGGCCCGAACCGGGCACGGACACGGACAGGGGCUGGCGCCACGCCUGCCACGUGCUGCUGCACGCGCCGCUGCCCCCCGGGGCGCCGCCGCCCGGACACGCCGUGCUGAUGCAGCUGCGGUUCGACGGGCGGUUCGGGUUCCCGGGGGGGCUGGCGGAGCGCGGGGAGUCCCUGGAGGCGGCCGUGGAGCGGGAGCUGCGGGAGGAGCUGGGCCCGGGGGCGGCCGCGCUGCGGGUCCGGCCCGGAGACCACCGGGGGGCGAGGGCGUGGCCACGCGAAGGGGGCGUGGCCCCCGGUGAAGGGGCGGGGCUGGUGACGCACCUGUACGAGCGGCGGCUGCGAUUGGAGGAGCUGGAGAGGAUCGAGAGGGGCGGGGCCGGGGCGGCCGAACACGGGCUGGAGGUGCAGGGGCUGGUCCGGGUUCCCCUCGGGGGGGGGCUCGGGGCCUUCCUUCGGAACCGCUUCGCGGGGGACGCGCGGGAGCAGCUCCUGAGGGCCCUCCCGGCCCUCGGCAUUGACCCCCCCCCCGUCGCGGACCCCCCCCCCAUCGAGGACCCCCUGGAGCCCCCCCCGGGGCCGGGGCAGCCCCUCCCCCCAGCCGCGGGUGAGGAGGGGGGUGACCCCCCCCCCCGAGUGAGAACACUCCAAAAUCCACCCCCCGGGACCCGCAGGCGGGGGCUGGAGUUAAGGGGGGGAGCCUUUGUAACCCCAAUAAAUCUUUAUUAUAAUAUAUUUUUAGAUAUAAAAAGAAAACUUUACAAGUUUUUAACCCAAAAUGUACAAAAAUGGUCAGAAAAAGGUUGUGGGGAUGGGGGGGAUUUUGGGGGAGUUCAAGGCCUUCAAACACCCUGA